ACGCUGCAUCUGCACACCAUCACAUUUAGCUUCUCCUGGAGCUCACAGCGGAUAUUUCUGUUUUGUUUAGCCGCGGUGGUGACUCCGUGAACAACAUUAACUCAUUCAUCAUGGCUCGGAGGUGAUCUUCGGCUCAGGUGGUGCUGGUGGUCCAGGUCUGCAUUGUAGUAGAGAGAGAGCUCUUCCAGAGGACGGGCUGCCUCGCGCCCUGGUGCCCUAGCUCUUAAGGUAAGUAGCGGUAGCCUCCGGAGAAUAGCACAGGAUGGAGGAUCUAAAGACCGUUAAUAAGGACCUAGAUGAUGAAAUGGAGCUGAGCGGGUACAAGCCUUGCCGAUGGAAAAUGGCUUUGGUGGCAGUGGGUGUGCUGUGUACAGGUGGCUUCUUACUGCUGCUGCUUUACUGGCUGCCCGAGUGGUGUGUGAAGGCCACAUGCACCCGCACUACCGUCCGAGAUGCCAAGAUUGUCCUGCUCCAGAGCACUGAUGAGUUUAAGCGCUGGUUCCUGGCUAGGGUUCGUGUGAUGCUGUCACCAGGAAAAGACCCUUACAGCAACCUGGACUCGCAGAGCACCACCCACAUGGCCAAUGGCCAUACAUCCCACCCUUCCAACACCCCAGCCCAGGGUUUCAUUAGGAAAUACGCCGAGUACCAGCCAGUGCAGAUCCGCUAUUUUACACUCCAUAGCACAAAAUACUACUGGAACGACAAUUCGCAAAACUACGAAGUGUUAACCGGCCUGGAGGAUCUGGAGCCAAGGUGUUCAAGCAUCCAUGCAGAGCACAGCCAAGGCCUCAGCCAAGAUCAGCAAGAGUACAGGAAAUUAUUUUUUGGAAAAAAUGAAAUUGAAGUGAAAGUGCCUUCCCUCUUUAAGCUGCUAAUCAAGGAGGUCCUCAACCCCUUUUACAUCUUCCAGCUCUUCAGUGUUAUCCUAUGGUGUGCUGACGAAUACUACUACUACGCUAUGGCUAUAAUGUUAAUGUCGAUCAUAUCAGUAGCUACCUCUCUCUACACCAUCAAAAAGCAAUAUAUCACGUUGCAUGACAUGGUGGCUACCCACAGUAUUGUUCGUGUAUCAGUCUGCAGAGCCAAUAAUGAAAUUGAAGAAGCAUUAUCUACAGACCUCGUUCCAGGUGACGUCAUGGUCAUCCCCAGCAAUGGAACCAUCAUGCCUUGUGACGCAGUGCUGAUCAGUGGAACCUGCAUCGUCAACGAAAGCAUGCUCACAGGUGAAAGUGUCCCAGUCACUAAAACUAAUCUACCCAACCCAUCACUCGGAGAUAAGGGUUCAGACGAAGAUGAAGUGUACAAUAUAGACGAGCAUAAACGACACACUCUCUUCUGUGGGACCAACGUCAUUCAAACACGCUUCUACUCAGGAGAACUGGUUAAAGCUGUGGUGGUCCGGACUGGAUUCAGCACAGCCAAGGGCCAGCUGAUUAGGUCUAUCCUGUACCCUAAGCCCACAGACUUUAAGCUGUACAGAGAUGCUUACAUGUUCCUGCUCUGUCUGGUGGCUGUGGCUGGCAUCGGCUUUGUCUAUUCGAUUGUGCUGAGCGUAAUGAAUAAGGUUCCUGCAAAGACCAUCGUAAUCGAGUCCCUGGACAUCAUUACCAUCACAGUACCACCAGCGCUACCUGCGGCCAUGACAGCGGGCAUUGUCUAUGCGCAGCGGCGGCUCAGGAAACUCGGCAUCUUCUGCAUUAGCCCCCAGAGGAUCAACAUCUGUGGCCAACUCAACUUGAUCUGCUUUGACAAGACGGGCACACUCACAGAGGAUGGCUUGGAUCUUUGGGGAGUGCAAAGAGUUGAUAAUGCCAGUUUUCACCUUACAGAAGAAAAUGCCUACAAGGAGAGCCUUGUGAAGACUUACUUUGUUGCUUGCAUGGCCACGUGUCACUCUCUCACCAAGAUUGAGGGCCAACUUUCUGGAGACCCUUUGGAUCUAAAGAUGUUUGAGGCUACUGGUUGGAUCCUUGAAGAAGCCACUGAAGAGGAGACUUCUCUUCAUGAGCGUAUAAUGCCCACUGUUGUUCGUCCGCCCAAGCAGCUCCUACCGGAACCAGCGAUGUCACCCGAGCAGGACAUGGAGCUCUAUGAGCUGUCGCAGGCGUCCUACGAGAUUGGAAUCGUGCGGCAGUUUCCCUUUUCCUCGGCCUUGCAGAGGAUGUGUGUUGUGGCUCGACUGCUUGGAGAAAAGCGCAUGGAUGCCUACCUCAAAGGAGCACCAGAGGUGGUGGCCAGCCUAUGCAAGAAGGAGACUGUACCACAGGACUUUGCAGAGGUACUGGAACACUACACCAAGCAGGGUUUCCGCGUCAUCGCCCUGGCACACAGACGCCUGGAGUCCAAACUGACCUGGCAUAAAGUGCAGAACAUCAACAGGGAUCAUAUAGAGAGCAACAUGGAGUUCCUGGGGCUGAUCAUCAUGCAGAACAAGCUGAAGCCAGAGACACCCAGAGUCCUGGAGGUCCUCAGCCGAGCCAACAUCCGCACAGUAAUGGUAACAGGUGACAACAUGCUGACGGCCAUAUCUGUGGCACGAGACUGUGGCAUGAUCCCGCCCCAGGACCGAGUCAUCAUCGCCGAUGCUCUACCUCCCAAAGACGGUCGUGCCGCCCGGAUCAACUGGCGCUACGCAGACAACCCCAAGAACUCAAGCAAACUGGCUCAGAUGGAGAUAGUGGAUAUCAAUGUUGAGGACAACCCUGAAGAACAAAGACUAGAAAAGUACCACUUUGCUAUGAGUGGCAAGUCGUUUGCCGUCAUUACUGAGCACUUCCAGGACCUGCUGCCGAAGUUGGUCCUGCAUGGAACUGUGUUUGCAAGGAUGGCUCCGGACCAGAAAACCCAGUUGGUGGAAGCACUACAGAGCGUUGAUUACUUUGUUGGAAUGUGUGGAGAUGGUGCUAACGAUUGUGGUGCUCUGAAGAGAGCUCAUGGUGGCAUCUCUCUCUCUGAGCUGGAGGCUUCAGUGGCAUCUCCUUUCACCUCCAGAACUCCCAACAUCUCCUGUGUGCCCAAUCUCAUUAGGGAAGGCCGAGCAGCUCUCAUCACGUCUUUCUGCGUUUUCAAGUUCAUGGCUCUCUACAGCAUAAUCCAGUACAUCAGUGUCACUCUGCUCUACUAUAUCCUCAGCAACUUGGGAGACUUCCAGUUCCUCUUCAUUGACAUUGCCAUCAUCCUUGUUAUAGUGUUUACCAUGAGUCUAAAUCCUGCCUGGAACGAGCUGGUCCCUCGGCGCCCCCCCUCAGGUUUGAUCUCGGGGCCUCUGCUCUUCUCUGUACUCACUCAGAUCCUCAUCUGCCUGGGCUUUCAGACCCUUGCAUUCCUGAUGGUUCAUAACCAGAGCUGGUAUGAGCAGUGGACGCCCAUGUCAGAUGCCUGCAAUAUCUCCACCCAUAGCAGUGUCAUGGAUAACUCCACACAUGUUGAUGAUCACAAUAUCAAGAACUAUGAGAACACUACCUUGUUCUAUGUGUCCUCUUUCCAGUACCUCAUCGUUGCCAUUGUCUUCUCCAAGGGCAAACCCUUCCGUCAGCCCAGUUACAAAAACUGGCCGUUUAUGUUGUCUGCACUCGUCCUCUAUGUCUUCCUGUUGUGUAUCUUUCUCGUCCCUGUCCCUGCCAUUGACGAGGCUUUAGAGAUCGUGUGUGUUCCUUUCCAGUGGCGUAUUACAUUGAUAAUUUUAAUUGGGAUUAAUGCUGCUGUGUCUGUCUUGGUGGAGACCUUCGUCCUUGACGUCGUCUUAUGGAAGCUUGUGUUCAGCAGAGACAAGCAAGGCAGCUAUGGUGUCCCUGCUGCCGCCCUGCCACCACAGGAAGGAACAGACUUGUGGGCAUCCAAGCUCCUCUCGUGGCUGUGCUGUCAGAGGAGGAAGGUGCCCAAAGCACGUUACAUGCAUCUGGCCCAGGAACUGCGUGUGGACCCAGACUGGCCCCCCAAACCCAAAACCACAACAGAAGCCAAAUGUCCACCACCCCCAGAAAAUGGCUCUUAUCAAAUCAUGCCUGCUUGCUAGCAUCUCCUAUUCUAACAGGAUCCUUUUUGGAGAGCAAACUGCUUUCUGUAACUGAUGAUUUUUUUAAUAAGAAAUAUGAAACGAAUCAGCAUUUCUUUCUGUUAAAAUGAGUUUUAAUUAUAAAUAAGGCUCAUAUCGUCAGUGUAAGCAGUUUCUCUCUCUUUUUUUGUGAGCUGCUUUAUUUUUGUACUUGGAUGGGCAUCACAGGCUGGGAACUGUGUAAUUUCUGCCCAGGGGCAUGGUCUCUGUGACGUGCCCUAGGACCAUAGUAUUAACAAGAAUUACCUUCGUUUUUAAACCGGUGUUGCCAUUGUUUUAAGGUCCUGGAUAGCCGAAGUGGAAAAGCGUUAGUGACUCCAGACUGAACCCACAAGCACUGUGCUGUUAGCUUAGCUACAUGUAUAAUGUUGAAUAGGAUGCAUGCUAAAGUUUUGGCUCCAUCUGCAUGUGGAGCCACAUUGUACCAGCUUCAGCAUACAGUAUUUUUAGAGUCAUUUUUUAAAACAUGCAAUCUGUUUCUUUUCAUAUUUCUUCCUAUGGAAGAAGGGAGUUGUGUUUAAGUAGUGAUGAACAGAUAGCACUCUUUUACAUGGGCAUGGCUGAUACCGUUGAGAUCGAAUUAGGCAGCGUCGGUUAGCAGUGCUAGCUUUAAGUGCCAGUCAGGGUAGACUGCUCUUAUGAAUAUGACUGGUUCCCACUCAAGUUUUUUUAUAUUCUAAUGAGGCAACUAGUAUAGAGGCCAGUAGACAAAGAUUCUAUUAUUUCUUGGGAUGUUUGGGGGGAUGAUUUGAUAGCGCUGCACUGGUCACAAUUUUCCAUAUCCAUAAAGCAAAGGAAAAAAGUAACAGCUUUAUAACUGCUUAUUUUGGCUCUAGUCACCAUUACUCCAUCUAUGCCAGCAGAGAUUAGUGGAAAUAAAUGAAGCAUUUAAUCAUACUUUUUAAUCAAUUGGGGAAAUGCAUAAGUCAAAAGUCAGUCCCUUGUACACCAUGAAUAAUGGAGGCAUUUGAUUUUGUGAACUUUUAUAAUAAGCAUUUAGAGUAAAUCACUAGAUAUUAUAUCAAUCCACCGGAGUUCCCUCUGUUUCAGAAUAAGUAAGUCUGGGCACUUGGAUGGCGCAGUGGGAAAACACACUAGCCCACCAGUGGGUUGUCGUCUCACAGCAAGAAGGUCCUGGCUUCGAUUCCCUGGUGGAGCGGUCCAGGUCCUUUCUGUGUGGAGUUUGCAUGUUUUCCCCGUGUCUGUGUGGGUUUCCUCCGGAAACAAAACUGUCCAUUACUGUGUUUAACAUUAAACUUGUGCCCUUGUAAUUAGCUGUUCUGUCAUUAAUUUAACCAAAGUGAAUAAAACAUGAUGUUAAAAUCUUAAUAAGCCCACCAGUGCUGAGAUCUUGAGCUCUCAGGUUUGAAUUUCAGCUUUAUCAUUCAGACAGGCACACGGUUGACUGUUUGUGUGUGUGGGAGGGACAGUGGCUCAAACGGGGUUCCUUGUCGCUGGGGCAAUUACAGCCUUCACAGUCACAGGGUGGCUGAUCAUGAAUUGCAUUGCUUGUCUCUCCACAUGCAGUACUGAGCUCUCACCCACCCAUAGCAAGUGAAAAGAAGCAAUCGGCGGCUGUGUGCAUGUUGAAGGGGGCAUGUGACAGCCUUUGCCAUUCUUGCCAUUCUUCAUGGGGUGAGAGAGAAGAGAGAAAGAUGAGCUCCAAUUGGCCAUGACUGUAUUGACUGAAAGGGGGAAAACAAGUAAAUAGCAGAUACAAAAGGGUAACGUAGGUUCACUUAAAUUCAAGCUCACUUUUGGCUUAUGCUUUCCAGUUUACCUUACUUAACCUGGUUUUUGCUUCAAUAACAGUUCCUCAGAGAUUCACAUGAAACAGACCUUUAAAAAAUAUUGUGACGUUUCUGGUUUGUUAGGGAGCAGUGGUAUUGUAUUAAAAGCUAGUACUGUUAAAACUGUUUUUGUAAUUAAAUUAAGUGCAUUUAUAUUUGUCAAACAGAGUGUACAUGGAGCAUUGCAACUGCUUUACAGCUCUAGAUUAUUAAACACUGUUUAGUAUGGCAGCCCUUGCUCAGUGGCAGUGCUAACUCUGUGUUUAAGGUAUAUCGGAAAGUGGUUGGUUAGCACUGUAGCAGGACCCUUAAUACUUAAUUUAAUGUACAUAUCAGUUGUACAAAGCAAGACAAAACCACCUCUGUUUUGGUAAAUGUAAUUGAAGUUCUGCACUGUUUAACACUGCAUUUUGAAUGGCUUCGUUCUAAACCAGAGGCUGCAUCCCAAAUUACGCACAACUACAUAGUAUGUCAGAAUAGUAAUACUUUUGAUAUAUUAGUAUACAAACUAGUAUACUAUUUUGCCCUGCUCAUUUGAAGACUUUGAAGCAUAAACCAGGCUUUACACUUUUUUGUUAGAUACUGUAUGCAGUUAAUGGUACUUUCUUUAAAAAGCAGUUUUUUUUUCUUCAGCUCUUUAAAUUUGGUAUAUAUCUUUUUUUUGUUGUAAUAAAUUAGACAUAUCAACAAGUACACAUUUUGUGUUUAAUCUAUGUUUAGCUUACAAAGACUUAUUGCUACAAAGUAAUACGAAAUACAAAGGAUGCUUUCAUGCCAUCAGGUAUUGAUGCAGUUUCAGUAAUGUUAUCAUUUUUUGUUGUUUACACUGUCUUUGGGAUGGUAUAUUGCCAAAUUCUCUUAACCAAGAACCAACAGUCGUUAGUUGGUUAACCAAAACUAAUAAACACAAUUUUAUUAUCAGCACAAUUUCAGCAUUUACACAGUGCACUUUUUAAGUAGUCUGAUGUGGCUAUUAUUUUUUAAGUUUAAUAGGCUAACCUUGUUUAAACUGAUAGAACCAGAUGCAGCAUGUUAUAAAAUUAUUUCCAGUAUGCAACCAGCAUUAUCUAAUAUAACACGAUUGUCAUUGUCCAGCCGUAUCAUCAAUGUAUUUAUGUGCAGGGUAACUUUAUUACAAUCUGUUAGACCAGAAGCUGAUGUGUGAAUAUUGUUGCUAAUACAUGCAUGUAAAGGAGAAUCAGAUUCUUUCUGGAAUUCUGGAUGUUUUCACAUUUAUACUUUUGUGCCUGACCUGAGUGUUUUUGUAUUUUGUUGGAGUUUGCUUUAAGUGAGCUCAGGUGCAAACUGCAAUAUGUAUGAAAGCGAACAGGAGCCAAAUCCAUAAUAAUGGGGUCGUUCAAAGGUGUUAUGUUACCUUGCUUUUUACAGCAGUGGGAACCGUUUUACAGUGGACUAAUCACUGGCUGGUAAAUGUGAAAUGAACUAACAGUUUUAAUGUAUAUCAUUGAUUUGGAUUAAUUGUGACCAUCCCUAGUAUAAUUGAAAAUGUUUGUAUUAUUUAAUGGCUAUUAAAAAAUGAAAUACAUUUUUGUAAAGAAUUAAGAAAAAGAAUAUUUAGUAGCAGUCUUUAAACCCUUGAUGCAAUGUAUGUAUUUUGCUUUGAAAAGUACCUGAAUGCAACUAAAUACUUGAAACAAAGUUGUAUUAUUUUAGCUGAACUAAAACAGUUAAGCCCAGAUCAGCCAUUUUAAUGACUCAAAAAAGUUCGAUAUUUUAAUACUGAUUCAUGUUUGUAGGCCUUUUCUCUUUGUGUAGCUGUGUGAAAUGUACUUUUAUUUAUGCUUGUUUAAACUUGCUUUAAAUUUGUCUAUAUUUUGUGUUUCGGGCCUUGAUUUCUGUUAUUUUGCUUCUAUCUAAAGAAGGGCUGUAGCUUUACAAAUUUCUCUUAUUUUGGUACUAUUUGAAUUUAAAUAAUCAUGUGACACUGUCUGCAUUUGUUAUGUCUGCAUCUGUGUUUGUAUCACCUUGUGUUACACUGUUUGUCAACGUUGUUAGUGCGAAUGUUAUGUAGGGCAUUUCUGCAAAGAAGGUUUGCUAUUUAUUGUACUGUAAUUGGAUAUAAAUGAAUGAUCAGCUUUUAAAAAAGGCAAACUCUAAAUGUGUCAUUUUCUUCUUAUUAUUUAAUUUCCAUGGGACCAUAAAUAAGUGAUUCCACUGGAUCUGACCUGCAUAAAGGACAAUCACAUGUGUGCUUUGUCCAUUUUAUACAUGCAAGCAGUGUUUUUGCCAUUAAGAGGAAUUAUUAAAAAUUAUUCUUCUAUUUGAUUGUUUUUCUUUUUUUAUUUUAAUCGGUGUAUGUAUAAAGGCUCGUUGUUUAAGGGUCGAUCCUCCAUGUCUAAACCAGGGGCCGUAUUAAGGAAAAAUCUUAUCUUGCUUCUAAAGUUGAGAGUUAAAUUACAGGAAUUUAAUGAAAAGUUUUUUAUUUAACUAUUAUGUUGGGUCUUCAAAGAAGUGGUAGGUUCUGAAAUUUGAUUUUAAAAUAUGCAUACUUUAUAAAAAUAAAAAAAAAUCUUAAACCAAGUCCAGCAGACAUCACUUCUUGCAUUAGUAUCUAAACUUGCUAUAUGUUGUUUCCUCUAUUUAUUGGAAUUUGCUUUUAACUAAAUGCUUCUUGUUAUUAGAACCUUAUUACAAUGUUAGGAAUAAACUGUUCAUGGCAUUCAACCACUCCUAGUAAGAUGGGAGUUCUCUGGACUUCCCACAGUCCUGUUUUUAGUUGGGGUUGGAUUUAAAAUAAUAAUAUGACUGGCGCACACAUUUUUUAACACACACAAGUUUUAAGAUUUUUUUUUUUAAAUACAGCCCCUGAGACAUUUUUUUUGCUUUGUUAAGCCUGCACCUUUAUGCUGAAAUCAUACAAGACUUUUAAAACCGUAAUACAGUUUAACUAGGUCCUUUUUUCAAAAUUCCACAUCAGUUGUAUGCUGAAAUGCAUUGUUUUACUAAGAUGGUACACAUAACAAUUUUUUUUUUUUUUUCUUUUUAAAUUUCCUGUAAUGCUGUGAUCAGUUUACGAAAGUAUACACUGAUAUCAGUGUCUCCUUCAAUUAGUUUUGUAGUCAAGCAUCGCUCAGAUCAUUGUCUAAUACAGUUGGAUGUGCUAAAAAAGACUUGAUGUUAUUACUAUUAAUGUUAUUAUAAACAAAGAUGAUCAUCAUUUGGAUUAGGUGGUUUAAUUUCCUCAGGGAAAUAAGUUUAGAUUUGUUAUAAAUAAAUAAUUGACACUGAAUGAAAAGGUGCCAAAGUGGGUCAGUAUUUUGGGCAUCAUGUCUACCAAUUACAUGUAUGAUCCAUGCAUGUAAGAAGUUCAAACUCAUUUUGUAAAUAAAUUGUAAAUGGCACCUUUUUAUGACCUGUUUUUUUUAUAUUUAUUUUAUAAACAUUUGAGACUUUUUUGACCUUUAUUGUUUUUAAAAUAAAUUAAAAAUUCAG